AUGCCGUCUUCUUUGAUCCAACGGCCGGCUUCGGUCCACACUGAUGAACGCACAGAUGGGCAGCCAACGUACACCUGGGAAGUCAACUGGCCUGCGUUCACGGUGUUUUUUUGCGAAGCUGUGCGUUGCAUUACGGGCUUCAUUGGCGCAGUCUCACCGCAUAGCGUCAGCACGACGGCUCAGCGGUUGUCUGAUCUCAAGUGGCUUUCCGUGGAAAGCAUGGAUAACACACACUUGGAUAGGUUGGAGACCUUCAUCCGGGAUGCUCCAUUACUGGACGAGUCUGUUGAGCGGAAGGUUGUUGCAGAAAAGAAAAACAGAAUUAAUGAGUCUUUAUCGCAGACAGAUCCAAAUUCUCGAAUUUGUCUAUACAUAUUGUUUGUCAAGACAAUCUAA